AUGGACCCAAUUAAUCUGUCAAACAAGGAUUUUCUUAAAUACAUGGAAGGAAUAGAAGAGCGAGCAAAAAAGAUGCAUCAAGUUAUAAUAGAAACCAAUUCUCCUCCUACGACUCCACUUCCUCGUUCACAAAGAAUGCAACCUUAUUCUCGUUUUCGUGUAUUUUCUUCGAAACCACAAUCACGACUGAAACCUGUCGACUUGGAGAUUGAAAAAAUCUUAUCUCCCAAACGCAAGUAUGCUUUACAAUCUCCGUCACCAACCGCGCCCGAUACACCCGAUACACCCGAUCAACUUACUUUGGGGUCACCAUUACGAUUACAUAGACGAUCAUCCGCGCAAGUUGACAAUCAAGUGUCGAAACAAGAUUCCAAUUUUCAGCAAUCCACUUCUCAACAGUCACCAGUCCCCGAUACGUCAGAUGAUAUUGAUCAGAUUGCACAAGACGAAUUAGAAAUACUUCGCCUUUUUCGUUUUUAA